UUAUUGCAGGCAGAUACAUAGAUAGAUACAUAGAGAGAGAGAGAGAGAGAGAGAGAAAGAUGCCUUGUCUUGAUAUCUCUACGAACGUGAACCUGGAUGGAGUUGACACUGAUUCAAUCUUCUCCGAAGCCACAAAAGCCGUUGCUGCAAUUAUUGGAAAACCCGAUAGCUAUGUGAUGGUCCUAUUGAAGGGAUCAGUGGCCAUAUCAUUUGGUGGGAACAAAGAACCAGCUGCAUUUGCUGAAAUAGUAUCCAUGGGUGGCAUCAACUCUGAAGUAAAGAGGAACUUGAUUGCAACUAUUGGUACAAUUCUGCAGAACAAACUGUCUAUCCCCAGGGCACGGUUUUUCCUCAAGGUUUACGAUACAACAAUGGGGCGUAACAACUCCAGAAUGUAACACACACAUUGCAGCCUCUUCAUAGUGUUUUCAAACUGUAUCCUGUCCUGUUAAAUUCUGUGCUGGUUUUGGUUGUGAAAGUCUCACAUAGCUAUUCACAUAAACCGCUCAUAAGAAUAAGACAUUCAACUCCUUAAAAUACGUGUAAUUGAAAGACUUAGAAUAUCCAUGCCUUGAAUAAAUGUCUACCUUCAGGAG